AUGGGGAUAGGGACCAGGGCCCAUGUUCCAAUCAGCAGUGAAUGCAUUCGAAAGCAGAUCCACCUCUGCGUCAAUGUGGAUUGGGAGGACAGAUUGGAUGCAGGUGGAGGUAUUCCAGGAGUUGCCAAGUGCAGUUCCUCCCAGAGCAUCGGGCUGUCCAGUGGCUGGGCUGGGCUGCUCUGGGUAAGACGGCAGCGCGAGAAGCCAGGAGCGCAGGUCGACAAGUUCGAGUUCUCCCGCAAGGACCUGAUCGGGCACGGCGCCUUCGCCGUGGUCUUCAAGGGCCGCCACCGCGAGAAGCAUGAUCUGGAGGUUGCGGUUAAAUGUAUUAACAAGAAGAACCUUGCCAAGUCCCAGACGCUGCUGGGGAAGGAAAUCAAAAUCCUCAAGGAACUGAAGCACGAGAACAUCGUGGCCUUGUAUGAUUUCCAGGAAAUGGCCAAUUCUGUCUACCUGGUCAUGGAGUACUGUAACGGUGGGGACCUGGCUGACUACCUGCACACCAUGCGGACACUAAGCGAGGACACCAUCAGGCUCUUCCUGCAGCAGAUCGCUGGUGCCAUGCGGCUGCUGCACAGCAAGGGCAUCAUCCACCGCGACCUGAAGCCCCAGAACAUUCUGCUGUCCAACCCCGGCGGACGACGUGCCAAUCCCAAUAACAUUCGCGUCAAGAUCGCUGACUUUGGGUUCGCCCGGUACCUCCAGAGCAACAUGAUGGCGGCCACACUCUGCGGCUCUCCCAUGUACAUGGCCCCCGAAGUCAUCAUGUCCCAGCAUUACGACGGGAAGGCAGAUCUGUGGAGCAUUGGCACCAUCGUUUACCAGUGCCUGACAGGGAAGGCGCCCUUCCAGCAGCCAGAGGCAGGGCCGAGCCGGGAGCAGGCACUCAUGCUGUCGCUGCCCCACCAGGCCAGCAGCCCCCAGGACCUCCGACUGUUCUACGAGAAGAACAAGACACUGAUCCCCACCAUCCCCCGGGAGACCUCGGCCCCUCUGAGGCAGCUGCUCCUGGCCCUGCUGCAGCGCAACCACAAAGACCGCAUGGACUUUGAUGAGUUUUUCCAUCACCCAUUCCUGGAUGCCAGUGCCUCCAUCAGGAAGUCCCCGCCUGUGCCCGUACCCUCAUACCCAAGCUCAGGGUCUGGCAGCAGCUCCAGCAGCAGCUCCACCUCCCACCUGGCCUCCCCGCCGUCCCUGGGGGAGAUGCCACAGCUGCAAAAGACACUGACCUCCCCAGCCCACACUGCUGGCUUCCUGCAUGGCUCCCGGGACUCAGGUGGCAGCAGCAAGGACUCAUCCUGCGACACAGACGACUUUGUCAUGGUCCCGGCCCAGUUUCCAGGUGACCUGGUGGCUGAGGCGGCCUGUGCCAAGCCCCUGCCAGAUAGCCUGAUGUGCAGCGGGAGCUCGUUGGUGGCUUCCGCUGGCCUGGAGAGCCAUGGUCAGACCCCAUCUCCAUCACCCCCCUGCAGCAGCUCCCCUAGCCCCUCAGGCCGGGCUGGUGCCUUCUCCAGCAGCAGGUACGGCGCCUCUGUCCCCAUUCCAGUACCCACUCAGGUGCAGAACUAUCAGCGCAUUGAGCAAAAUUUGCAGUCGCCCACCCAGUAUCAGACAGCUCCGUCGUCUGCCAUCCGCAGGUCAGGCAGUACCAGCCCCCUGGGGUUUGCACGGGCCAGCCCAUCACCCCCAUCCCAUGCUGAGCAUGGAGCUGCCUUGGCCAGGAAGUUGUCCCUGGGUGGGGGCCGGCCUUACACUCCUUCUCCACAAGUCGGAACCAUCCCGGAGCGGCCAGGCUGGAGCAGGGCACCCUCCCCACAAGGAGCCGAGAUGCGGGGUGGCAGGUCCCCUCGUCCAGGCUCCUCCCUGCCCGAGCACUCUACCCGCACCACCGGGCUGGGCUGCCGCCUGCACAGCGCCCCCAACCUGUCUGACCUGCACGUCGUCUGCCCCAAGCUGUCCAAACCCCCCACGGACCCAUUGGGAGCCGCAUUCGGGCCCCCACAGGCCAGCCCUCCCCAGCCGUCCCAUGGACUACAGUCCUGCCGGCCCCUGCGUGGCUCGCCCAAGCUGCCUGACUUCCUGCAGAGGAACCCCCUGCCCCCCAUCCUGGGCUCCCCCACUAAGGCCAUGCCCUCCUUUGACUUCCCCAAGACCCCAAGCUCCCAGAAUCUGCUGACCCUCCUGGCCCGGCAGGGCGUAAUGGUGACGCCCCCUCGGAACCGGACACUACCCGACCUCUCAGAGGUGGGGCCCUUGCAAGGACAUCAACUGGGCCCUGGCCUGCGGCCUGCUGAGGACUCUAGGGGCCCCUUUGGCAGGUCCUUCAGCACCAGCCGCCUCACCGACCUGCUCCUUAAGGCUGCAUUUGGGACGCAGACCCAGGACUCAGGCAGCACAGACAGCCUGCAGGAGAAGCCCAUGGAGAUAGCGCCCUCUGCAGGCUUUGGAGGGAACCUGCACCCAGGAGCCCGUGCUGGGGGGGCUAGCAGCCCAUCCCCAGUGGUGUUCACUGUGGGCUCUCCCCCCAGCGGGACCACGCCGCCCCAGGGCCCCCGCACCAGGAUGUUCUCAGUGGGCUCCUCCAGCUCCCUUGGCUCCACCAGCUCCUCCUCUGCCCGCCACCUGCUGCCCGGGGCCUGCAGUGAGGCCACCGCCACUGAGCUACCUGCCCCAGGCCACUGCUGCAGUUUUGCCGACCCAAUUGCUGCCAACCUGGAGGGAGCUGUGACCUUCGAGGCCCCUGACCUCCCUGAGGAGACCCUCAUGGAGCAAGAGCACACGGAGAUCCUGCAUAGCCUGCGCUUCACACUCAUGUUCGUCCAGCACGUCCUGGAGAUUGCGGCCCUGAAGGGCAGUGCCAGCGAGACAGCCAGUGGCACCGAGCACCAGCUGCAGGAGAGCGUGGUGGCUGACCAGAUCAGCCUGCUGAGCCGCGAGUGGGGCUUUGCAGAGCAGCUGGUGCUGUACCUGAAGGUGGCUGAGCUGCUGUCCUCAGGCUUGCAGACUGCCAUCAACCAGAUCCGGGCUGGCAAGCUCUGCCUGUCGUCCACUGUGAAACAAGUGGUGCGAAAGCUGAAUGAGCUAUACAAGGCCAGUGUGGUGUCCUGCCAGGGCCUGAGCCUGAGGCUGCAGCGCUUCUUUGUGGACAAGCAGCGGCUCCUGGAUCGUAUCCACAGCAUCACCGCGGAGAAGCUCAUCUUCAGCCACGCCGUGCAGACGGUGCAGUCGGCCGCCCUGGAUGAGAUGUUCCAGCACCGGGAGGGCUGCGUGCCGCGCUACCACAAGGCACUGCUGCUGCUGGAGGGGCUGCAGCACAUGCUCACGGACCAGGCUGAUGUGGAGAACGUGGCCAGGUGCAAGCUAUGCAUUGAGCGCAGGCUCUCAGCCCUACUGACUGGCCUCUGCGCCUGACCUCCCAGGCCCAGCCCGCUGUGCCCAGGCAGCUGGACGUUCUCUGCCGAGCUCCACGGCCUCCCUGCAGGGACGCUGGGUGGAGCCAGGUGUCUGCAACCAUGCAGUUUGGCACUGCUGCUGCUUCUGUAGGACAGGGAUCAGUGCUGUGGUUCCGCGCUGGCUGACCCUCAGAGCUUCUCUCCAAGGCUGCCUCACACACAGGACGGGCACCUGCCACCCCGUGAGACCCGAGGACAGCAGGGCCCUGAGACUGCAUUGCCGAUGUGAGCUCUUCCUCUGGCCAGAGCCUUCCCUGCCCUUGCCCAGUAUAGGGGAUGCGGCCUCCUGGCUUUCCAUUCUCCCCAGGAAUGUCUCCCUCUGAGACCACCCACCCAGCUUUGUAAAUCACCCAAGCACUUUAUGCAGAUAGAGACUUGAGAGCCUCAACUUCUGCGGUCCGACAGCGUGACCGCAGGAACCUGUUCCUGGCGGUUGCCCUCGAGGCGUGUGUACAUACCAUAUACAUACUUACAUAUAUAAAUAGCCCCAUGAACGUGUGUGAGCGUGUGCGCCGGGUAUGGCUGCUGCCUGUGUCUGGUCCUGGAGAGGAGGGCAGGCUCUGCUGCAAAUCCUCUCAUUUAAAUGUUCUCCAGAGACAGACAAUGUGGAGCAUCUUGCUUUCCAAACCCAGAACAGAUGUUGUAAUCUUUCACACUUUACUCCUAAAAAGUGUCUUACUUUAAUGCAGCUCAUUUUUCCUUUAAAGUAGAAAAUGUGUAGGUGUUUAAGGAAUUAUCUUGGCAGGGUGGGGGCAGGACAGGGUCAGGCCUCCAAAUCACUGUGGGAUCUGAGCCGCGGAAGCAGAUGGUGCUGGGGUGCGUGUGGCUGGGGUGUGACAGGCCACUUCCCCAGCCGCCUGGUGCAGCCGUGUGUGCGUCUAUGUGUGGCUGCGUGUCCCCGACCUGAACGUGGUGGACAGGCGAGGGUGAACUGUUAGCGCAACAGAAAAAAAAAAUAUGCAAAACUCUUCCCCAUCAAGCUUUAAGAGUCAGUUUUGGUGGCUAGGCCCCUCCUUGGUAGGUAGGCCCCGUGACAG